GUGCUUUCUCUCCAAGCCAAAAAAAAUACCAACCCCAUUUUCGUCAUUCUCUUCUCCGAUUCGCCUCGCCGGGAAAUCUCCCUCCCUCUCUCUCUCUCCCUCCUAAAUUCCGCAACGGCCGCCGUCUAUUUCCCACCGCCGCAGCUCCGAUUUGGCUGGUUGCUCAGCUCUUUAGGGUUUGGGGGCUCUCAAUUUCACUCAAUUGUUUUGCCACAAAAUCUUAUGUCCGAUUGGAGGGUUUUGGGGCUCGGUUUGGAUGCGCGUGUUACUCACCGGAGUAUAAAUGCAUGUAUCGGUGGAUCUAGGGUUUCGGAACUCGGCCAUUUCGGUCUGCGUCCUGGUUGCGGUGAUCGGAUUCUUCAUAGCUCGCCACAAAUGGCGCCGCGCCGCGGCCAGGAGUGAGGAGAUCAGGAGGCUGUUGGCUUUGGCCGCCGAGGAAGCUGCCAGAGCCGAGUUUGAGGUCACUGCUGGCUACGACGUCGUUUCGGCCCCGGUGAGGAGGGAACCUUAUUGCGCCGUCUGCUACCUUCCCACCACCACCCGCUGUGCUCGCUGCAAGGCGGUCCGGUACUGUUCUGGGAAAUGUCAAAUCAUUCACUGGCGACAAGGUCACAGAGAAAAUUGCCAGCCUGGUCGUAUAGUUGAUCCAAAUAUAGAUGGGGAAAACAAUGAAGGCCAGAAAGUGACCAAAAUUGAUCUUGAAACUGAUGCUGGCAAUUUUGAGGCUAGGCAAUCGACUGAAAUAUUAUCCAAGGAACCGGAAAUUUCUAAUCCUGGUUGCCCUCCUGAGGUUCAGUGUGUAAAGGAUGAUGAUGAUAGUGAAGAUGAGUAUCUUGCUGAUAGGAAAGAAACAAAUUCUCCUGCUGGAUCAUCAGCGACCUCUUUUUCUGGAUUUUCAAAUUCUACAAGUGGUAGUGGAUCUUCGGAUGAUGUUUCUGUCAGUGAAAGUGUUAGUUCAUUUGAACCUGACAGAGCAGAUGCACACCAAACUGCUAAUGAUUCCAUUGACAUGCUGCAUAAUUCAUUUAAUCUGGAGCAAAUUGAUCAAUCUGGGCCAUUAUCCCCAAAAUUUGCUAGCUUGGUUGAUUCUGUUGAUGGAUUUGCAAAAUUAUGUAAGUCAAAUCAGGUUCAACCUAGUUGCAAUAAUGAAGACAACGCGCAGAUAUCAAUCUCUUCUUCGGGUGUGAACCAUAAUGGCACGAAUAAAGGUCCAGCUACCAAGUCUUGUACAACAACUUCUGAUUUCUGGGGUAGCGCUCUUGAUUCGUUCGAAUCUGAAGGUGAUGAUCAUGUGUCAAGUUCCUGUAUUGCUAGUAAAAGCAAAAUAUCUCCUUCUGGAUCUUCCUCUCACACGUCAUUUGAAUCGUCCACUGCUACCCCCCUGCAUACAGGAGACUCUGAGUCAACCAGCAGCAUAUCAGACGAUGCUCUUUCAGACACUUCAGGGCCCUAUAAGUCUAUAAAUGGGGCUGAAUUAUUGGAGAAGACUAGUGGAGAUGUUUCAAAAUUCAGGAACUCCCCAUCCCUGAACUUGAAAGGGUCACAUAAUGAUGAUAGUGAACCUCGCAGUACUUCACCUGCCAUCAAUUUUAGAGAAACUAAACCCAAGUCAUCCUCCCUUUCUUAUGGUCUCAAAUCGCUUAGCAAUGAAAGCAUUUCAGUUAAAGAUGCUUUGCAUUCUAGUAAAGUGGUGCCGACAAGUUCAGAAAGGUCAAACCAUAUUGCUAAUAGCUGCAGUAGAACGUUGAAGUCUAAUGUUGCUGAUUGUCAGUCAUCCAGUGUUUCAGAUGCUUGUUUUGUAUCUGGUGGGAGAGGCUCUUCAGUUCUAAGUGUAAAAUCUGGAAAUGGUCAUCCUGUUGAGGAUAGUGAUACUGUUUCAUCUCAGGUUACAAAAUCCUCUAAUGAGAAGACUGGCUCGAAGACAUCUGUAUUUAAAGUUUUUGAUCAGUUUAGAGGAACUAAAAUUUCAAAGCACUAUCCUGUGGGAGUUGAGAGUGACAUUGCUGGAAAACAUGCAGAGAAGGAACUCUUUCCGUAUGAAGUAUUUGUUAAGCUUUACAAUUGGAACAAGGUGGAAUUGCACCCUUCUGGUCUUAUAAAUUGUGGUAACAGCUGCUAUGCCAAUGCAGUCCUCCAAUGCUUGGCAUUUACUCCACCUCUGACUUCUUAUUUGCUUCAAGGACUCCAUUCAAACUCAUGUGCAAAGAAGGAGUGGUGUUUCAUGUGUGAGUUUGAAAUGCUAAUUUUGAAGGCAAAGGAAGGGAAGUCUCCACUGUCUCCUAUUGGAAUACUUUCCCAGUUAAGAAGUAUUGGAAGCCAACUUGGUAAUGGGAGAGAAGAAGACGCCCAUGAAUUUCUAAGAUAUGCUAUUGACACGAUGCAAUCCGUUUGUCUUAUGGAAUCUGGGGUUAAUGCUUCACGGUCUUUGAAGGAGGAAACAACUUUAAUAGGCCUUACCUUUGGAGGUUACCUUCGUUCAAAGAUUAAGUGCUCAAGGUGCCAAGGCAAGUCUGAGCAGCAAGAAAGAAUGAUGGAUCUUACUGUUGAAAUUGAGGGCGACAUAGGAACCCUGGAAGAGGCUCUUCGGCGAUUUACUGGCACUGAGGUCUUAGAUGGUGAAAACAAAUACCAAUGUAGCAGGUGCAAAUCUUACGAGAAGGCUAAAAAGAAGUUGACGAUACUGGAAGCUCCCAAUGUCCUUACAAUUGCACUGAAGCGCUUUCAGUCCGGGAAAUUUGGGAAGAUCAAUAAGCCCAUACGGUUUCCUGAAAUUCUGGACUUGGCUCCUUACAUGAGUGGUACAAGUGAUAAGUCACCCAUAUACAAGCUUUAUGGGGUUGUUGUUCACUUGGACGUCAUGAAUGCCGCAUUUUCUGGUCAUUAUGUGUGCUAUGUUAAGAAUUUGCAGAACAAGUGGUUCAAGAUUGAUGACAGCACGGUUACUGCAGUGGAACUUGAAAAUGUCUUGGCGAAAGGGGCAUAUAUGCUUCUUUAUUCAAGGUGCUCAGCGAGAGCCCCAAGAUUAAUAAGGAACAGGAUAAUAUCUUCUGAUCCCAAACAAAGAGCCAUUCCUUCAUGGUUUGGUGGCAAGAGUACCAACAUGAAAUCAAAGUCCUUUUCCACACUUCCAAAUGGUGCUCAAUCCCCUACAUCUUGUCCUCCAGAGAGUUCUACCGGUUAUCCACCGUUGCAAAGAAUUUCCGAAGAGGACUCAUCGAGUGACAAUUCUUCUCUUAUCAGCAGCUGCUCUGACGAAGGUUCUUCUAGUACUGAAAGCACCCGGUAUUCUACUAGCACCGAUGACUUCUCCGAUUAUAUAUUCGGUGAUUCAGGACGUGGUUGGAACAGCCCUUGGAGAAAUUUUUCGGAUUCGGACAGUUCUUCAUCCUCUUCCUCACCCUUGAGUUUGAAGCACUCGCCCCUCUCUGAUUCAAACCGGUACGCUUCAAAUUUGUGUGAAACCGGUGGUGUUUGGGAUGGCCGAGUUACUGAGGUUAGCCACAGGUUUGCAGAUUCAGAUGGCACAGGGAGUGGUCGUUUUUUGAAUUCUGACAUCACUAAACAAUGUAGAAAGUUAGCUAGUAAUAGUAGUAGUAGCAGUAGUGUUAGAGGAACGGACUCUGAGAGAUUAGGAGUUCAUUCAGUGAGCAAUGUAAGAUUAAGGAAAUCAAAUUGCGAAAGAACAGCAGGCCCUUGAUCAUCACAGUUAGGAAGCGGUUAAAUAAGAGAACGAGCAGGCAUUUGUAUGUAUUGUACCCAUUACCAUCAGGCAUUAGCUGGUUUAAUUUAUAGAAAUCGGUCACCACCAUUGACCAUUUUGUGCA